AUGAAAAUUCCUCGUCUCUCGACAGCGCGCUUCGCGAAAAAACCUCCUGCCAUCAAAGAUCCUGAGAAGAAUAGUCAUUCCGAGAAACAUGCUGCGAAUGGCAUCUUCGUCCGCGACAGCAUCAUUGGAUUCGCAGAUGGUCUUACGGUUCCUUUCGCGCUGACGGCAGGACUUUCCUCUUUGGGCUCGUCGAAAAUUGUGGUUAUCGGAGGUCUGGCUGAGCUCUUCGCGGGCUCGAUCUCCAUGGGUCUGGGGGCUUAUCUUGCUGCUGUGACUGAUCAGAAGCAUUAUGAGGUUGAGGAAGAGCGGGAACGAAGAGAAGUGGCAGAAUGUGCUGCUGCAGAGGAGGAAGAGAUUUAUGAGAUCUUUGAUCAGUAUGGGAUUGCGAGAACUUCUGUUGUGCCUGUAGUGGAUUGUCUGAAGAAGGAUGUGGACAUGUGGGUGAAGUUCAUGAUGGAUUUUGAACUCAAGCUUGAGAAGCCGAGCACGAAGAUGGCGUGGAUGGAGGGCUUGGUGAUGGGUGUCUCUUACUUCUUUGGCGGCCUACUGCCCAUGAUCCCAUACUUUGCCACUCGGCGAGUCUCGGAGGCUUUGAUCGCAUCCAUCGGCAUCACCAGCAUCAUCCUGCUGGCUUUUGGGUAUACGAAGUCCAGAGUCACAGGAUGCUCGCAGCGCGAUUCGGCGUUGGGUGCUUUGCAGACGCUAUUCAUCGGUGGUGCCGCUGCUGGAGUGUCGUACGGAAUCGUGAAGGGCAUCAACUCAUCCAAAGCCUUCGAUUGA